CCAGCAUUCGCCAAGGUUUUCCAGCAAUGAAGACGCUUUUCAAUGCGUGGGAAGGGCAACGAAUUUUAAACUGGGGUGAACCCGUCAUUCGUCCUCUGCCAAUGCGUUGUGUACCGAGCUUCAUCGUGUGUCGCUCUUCCUCGAUGACUGUUACCAGGCUUUCGCUCUCCCUCAACCAGAUUGACGAGUGCUACGAAGUCGGGUAUAUUAUAAGAGCACCACUCGGGCAUCAUACCCAUCACGUGCCUACGCACAGGUCGCAUAAAUGUGAUAAGAUCAGAUUUGUGCAGGACUGACAGAACAUUUCGCGGGAAAAGUGGCACCGUAGAGAUGUAGAGGUUCAGAGGUUCAGAGGUUUAGAGGUUUAGAGGGGCAGAGGGGCAGAGGGGCAAAGGCUCAGAGGCUCAGAGGCUCAGGGAUGUGGGCUCUUGCCGUUCCCCAGGUCUUAUCGUAGAGAGCCUAAAGCUUGAAAUGUGGCACGGCCAUUGUGGACCCCUAUUGUCCAUUUUCGGUAAUGUGAGAUCUGCAGAGCUAGUCCAGCCAGGCGACUCAAUUGAACCAAUACCGACCGCCGGACAAAACGUGAUAGU